UGCCAUAAAUAAUGAUCUUAUUCAUCUGGAUCAUGUCUUCACAUUUUAUGUCAUUUUACACUUAGCGCCAUCUCACACCGUCGGCAGCAGCCUUUCACAUCUCUAUGCCAGGCCCUUAGUUGCGAAAAGUUCGAACGGGCGACAAAGCUCAAAGCGCCCAAACAAGGAUACAAACCGCAUUCAAAAUGCUAGUCAGUGAAUGACACGGUGAAUAUCGGAGCCGAAAGUUGAUUGUGCAAACGAAGCGCGAAAAGACGAAACACUCUAGAAGGGCUUAGACACGCAGUCUAAAAGGUUUCGAAGCAGAUCAAGCUGAAGUCAGACAGGUGCUUCUGCCCCGACAAAGAAUUCCCCAGUUGCGUACGAUCCGCCUGUCCACAAAUGACGAAGUCAAGAAGACGUCCGUCAAGGGCAAGGAAGCGAACGAAAAGAGCAAGGAGCGUUGCUGCAGCGCGCAAGAGGAUGCGGCUUCUUGCCACAUCGUUGGCGGAACACUCUGACAGGACAGCAAACAGUUUACUCAUCAUGAAGGAAGAGACAAGAGAUCCUUGUGUCCUUGAAUCAUCACGUUCCAUCCCCUCAGAUUCAAACCUCAAAGAAAUGCGGCUCUCCUCAGAGUUCAAUGGGCAUCUGGUGAAGGUAAAAUUGGAACUGCCUGAUGUUCCAUGUCUACCAGAAGAGGCCCAGACACGGCAACAGAACUGCAACGAGUCUUCACCAGGAGGUGAUGCUGAUGGAACAAUAGGUGGCAUGUGUCACAUUAAAGAAGAACCUCGAGAGGACCCUUCAAAUGAAGACGCAAUCAUAGAAGUCAAGACAGAGCCUUACAAUGUUCCAGCCUUGGCGAAAGAGGAAGAAAUGGGACACAGCUGUGACUCAACAUCAACACUGGAAGGAGCAACAGUUGGGAUGUGCAACAUUAAAGAGGAACCUCAAAAGGGAUCUUCAAAUGAAAAUCCAAUUAUUGAAGUGAAAACAGAGCCUUACAAUGUUCCAGUCUUGGCAGGACAGGAACAGAUGGGACACAGCUGCGACCCAACAUCAGAAGAGUUCUUCCAGAGCAUGGACCUGCAGCGUCACAAGAGGGCCCACACAGGCGAGAAGUUGUACAAGUGUGACGUCUGCCCUGCAGAGUUCUGCCGGACCUCAGAUCUACGGGUUCACAAGCAAAGACACACGGGCAAGAAGCCAUACAAGUGUGAUGUCUGCCCUGCAGGGUUCUACAGGUUCUGGAAUCUACGGGAUCACAAGCUGACACACAAGGGCGAGAAGCCAUACAAGUGUGAUGUUUGCCCUGCUGGGUUCAGCUGGAGCCAAAGCCUACUGCAUCACAAGCGGACACAUAUGAGUGAGAAGCCAUACAAGUGCAAUGUCUGUCCUGCAGCGUUCAGCCGGAGUUCCUCCCUACAGCAUCACAAGCGGACACACACGGGGGAAAAGCCAUACAAGUGCAACGCCUGUCCUGCAGCGUUCAGCCGGAAUGACUGCCUAAAGCAUCACAAGCAGACACACACAGGCGAGAAGCCGUACAAGUGUGAUGUCUGCCCUGCGGAGUUCAGCCGGAAGGGAAAUCUACGGGGUCACAAGCGGACUCACACAGGCGAAAAGCCAUACAAGUGCGAUGUCUGCCCUGCGAAGUUCAGCACCAGUACGCAACUAAAGGCCCAUAAGCGGACACACACGGGUGAGAAGCCAUACAAGUGUGAUGUCUGCCCUGCAGAGUUCAGCCGGACAGGGAUCCUACAGUACCACAAGCGAACGCACACAGGCGAGAAGCCGUACAAGUGUGAUGUCUGCCCUGCGAAGUUCAGCCGGAAGGGGAAUCUACGGGAUCACAAGCGGACACACACAGGCGAGAAGCCAUACAAGUGCGAUGUCUGCCCUGCGGAGUUCAGCACCAGUACGCAACUAAAGGUUCAUAAGCGGACCCACACAGGCGAGAAGCCGUACAAGUGUGAUGUGUGCCCUGCGGAGUUCAGCCGGAAGGGGAAUCUACGGGAUCACAAACGGACACACACAGGCGAGAAGCCAUACAAGUGCGAUGUCUGCUCUGCGGAGUUCAGCACCAGUACGCACCUAAAGGUUCAUAAGCGGACACACACGGGUGAGAAGCCAUACAAGUGUGAUGUCUGCCUUGCAGAGUUCAGCCGGACAGGAAUCCUACAGUACCACAAGCAGACGCACACAGGAGAGAAGCCGUACAAGUGCGAUGUCUGCCCUGCAGAGUUCAGCCAGACCAGAUACCUUAAGCAUCACAAGCGGACACACAUGGGCGAGCAGCCAUAAAAGUGAGACCUCUGUCCCACAGAAUUGUGCCAAAGCAUGGAGUGCGAAGUCAUAGAGGAGCAUUCUCUGUUCUGAAAACCCUUCGCUAUCAAUCUGAUGUCCCAGGUACUUCACUUGAGUCUGAAAGAACUGGCAUUUCGAUUUGUUGAUGCAAAUGCCAUGUGCUUGUAAUCUUGUCAAGACGUCAGUGAGACACGUUCUGGCCACUCUUGGCGGUUCUUCCCCGAAAUUAACACAUCAUCCGGGUAACCAACUGUUCCUGGUAAUCCACGCAAGGUUUGAUCCAUCCGUUGACGCACUUGCUAUUCCGUAUGGCGGAACACGUGAAGCGAAAUAACCUGAGAUGUGUGUUCACGGUCAACAGUUCCUCGGAAUACUUGUCCGUUUCAAGGUGCAAAUACGCUUUAGUUACGUCCAACACUGUGAAGCACAUUCCUCCGGACAAGCUGGCAAAUACAUCUUCUGGAAGUGGCAGUGGGUAGUGAUUCACUUUUAGAUGUGGCUUUACUGUGACUCUAUAAUCACCACUCAAACAAAUCUUGCCAGUUUCCUUUUUUGGCACGAUAACUAGGGGCGUGGUCCAUUCGCUAUGCUGCACAGGGUACAAGAUAGAAAGGGAAUACAGUAGAAUAUCGAUGAUACGAUCACGAAUGAUACGAAUUCUCUUCCGGUCCCGACCGGAAUGCGUAUUCUUCACAUGUAUUAGAGUUCGGAUGAUACGAACGCGUUAUCUUGCCUUUACGGAUGAUACGAAUGAGCCGAGGAUGCGACACACGCCGUUCCCCCGUGACGCGAGAGCGCGCGAGUCAUGCUGCUGCGUCUUUCGAAAAGGGAGGGAGAUCCUCACCACGAACUCCCUUAACCCAUGUAGCGCAAUGGAAGCAAUGACUUUCCUUUUGGUGGUGGUGGUGGUGGUGGAGAUAAGAUCGAAGGGAUUGAACGGCCCGGAACCUUAUCUCUGUUUUGACCUUUUUACCCCCCCUCGCAACAAUAAACCGCGAAGCUGUGUGACAUCGCUCUGGCGGAAAAACAGCGACCGGAACCCCAGAACACGUGGAGGGAACAUAUCAGGAUAACUUGUGGCAACAUUACGCGUCACCAUUCCGCAAGUCGGCUUCACCUAACGCCUGCUUGCUUUAGGAGAAGCUCGCUUUAGACCACUGUCGCGCGACUCGCGGGUGAAAAGCACGUGCUACGUCUUUUGAAUCAUCUCGCGUAUUUGGGCAGCAUUGGCCAAAAACGGAGACACAAAAGCGUUACAACAGACCACUUUCAUUGACAGCAACGGAAAAUGAACAGUCACUGUCUAUUUUCUUGCCUCAAUUUUUAUGUUGGUUUAAUUCGUUUGAUACGAAUUUCGGAUGAUACGAAUUUUUUCCGCGACCCCGUGAGAUUCGUAUCAUCGAGAUUCUACUGUAGUACAAUAAUACAAGAGUACAAAGUACAAACAAGAAUACAAUGGUAUAUAGGCAAAGGGAACAGUCAUAGCUUCACAAAAUACGGGUCUCGCAUCAUCUUUUAGCACCGAGGUUCCCGUGUACCCCUUAAUGCUUCCGAACCCUGUUCGAAAUACUUCUUGAAACGUUUCAAACACGUUCUCAGACUCGCGUACAUUUCCGGAAUUGCUGUUUUAUACUGUACUAUGUGUUGCAUUGACCUUAUAAAGCUGUUCUCAUUACACUUGGCAUUGAUGUAUCACAUCCUGCUGACCUUAUAAAUUGUUCAUAACUAGACCAUGAAGUUUUCGGGUUUUAUUUUUUUCCAAAUUCGUGGGGUAAAAUUCAGGUCAGUCAUUUGAUGUCGAAAAUUCAUGCAAACUCGGGCGGAAAAAUUACCAUCAUAUGGGAUAAAUCGUGCUCUAUUGUCGAACAAACGUUCGUUGUACAGCCUAUCCAGAGUAUCAGACGUUGAGAUCAACCGUGUAUUUUGUGAAAAAUUAGUAUGUCAUUGCCGUGAGGUGCCUAGCUUAGGUGCAGUUUUGCGGGUAGAAAUCGGGUUUAACCCUAAACCGGUGAACCUCGAUUCGGGGUGCAAAUUCGGGGGAAAAUCGGGUUUAACCCUAAAACUUCAGGGUCUAUUCAUACCUGACAUUGAUGUAUUACUUCCUUUGGAUAUUGGUAUAUAAGAUGCAUUCUCCACACACUGAAACAUUCAUUCUGCGACAUGUCUCCACCAGCAAGACAUCCACCUGAGAUACCUGUAAAUGUCGUAGUGUUAGUGUUGUCUGUAUCAUUCAGAUUUAAAAGAUAUAUAUAUUCUUUUUCAA